AUGAAUCGCGUAAGGUUGAUCCCGCUCGUGGUGCUCAUCACCACCUUGUGUAGCUAUACAUUUCUCUGCUUAAAGCCAAACGAUGAAAUUGAAAAUGGCCCCAUAAAAAUAUUAAGUGGAAAUUUGAAGGAAAGAAUAACUCUCCAUUGCGGGGGAGAUCAGUCGGUCCACAUUUUGGAUGCUAGUUAUGGAAAUCCUUCCGUUGAUCAUUUUCUUAUAAAAAAAAACUCCUUAGACGCACCGCACACCCUGCCCGUUGUUCAAAUGUUAUGUGAAGGGAAACCCAGCUGCGAUAUCCUUGUGAACGACGAAACGUUCAAAGUCCUAUCCAUGAUAAAGGACUUCCACAAACUGGUUGUAAAAUACACCUGCACGUCAGACGCUCUGGAGGCGUUUCCCAUGUACAACGUAAAGGCCCGAAGAGGGGACGACAACACCUGGAAUGUUGAGUUUCAAGGUGAAGCGGAAAAGGAGGAGCUGUACCUUCAUGUGGAGGACAUAAACGCCCUGUGCGAAAAACCGCUGCUUAGGAAAAAAUACAUAGACGUGAAUGAGGCCGAGCAGAAGUGUAACGCCUUAAGCAACUGCGUUUUCAUAAUUUUCAACUACGAUGGGUACACACUGUGUGAAUCCUCCUCGUAUAAAAAUGCAACAGUUCAGAGGAACUCCAAGAUUUAUAUCAAAAUGUCUUACAUUAGCGGAAGGCUGCCCCACAACUACGAAGUGUUUCCAAAUGUUCAAGGGGUGUGCGAAAAGAAGGAUGUGGUAUUCGAGAUGAACUCAGCCUUGCGCUUGGAUGACCUAUACGAAAAAUGCAGGGAAGUCGAUUGUGACUACUUCACGAUGUCCACAGCUAACGGAGUAAAAGGUGUUCCUAAAAGCUUCCGGAACUAUGCCUGGUUUUGCAAAGGGUUCCCCAAAUAUUUCGAAGGAGCCCAAGCGGAGAAUGAGUAA